GGAAGUUGAAGAACAAGUGUAAGGUCGCCAGUAGGUAGGUAGGAAGAUGUUGAGAUGAUAGAAGUUUAGGUGUGUGUGGUCUCUUCUCAAAUAGAUGAGUGACACUUAGUGGAAAGAAAACUGUAGUUAACCCUCCAAUGUUAUUGAAAUGCAACGCUUUUCCUCACCUCAUCAAUGUUUCUUAGCUUUGGAGGACCACCCCACCACCUUGUUCAACUACAUUAAUUAAAAAAGAUAUGGUAUAGUGCGUGUAUGACGUGUAGUUUAGAACUAUAACGAAUGUACGUUACGGCCGGCCCAUAAGGAAGCUUCUUUGAAAUAGAAUAAGAAACGGAGAUGUCAUUAUCAUUUAAGCCCUUACCUUAACGGCUACGACUAGAGGUUAUGGGGUGUGAAUAAAUAACCAAAAAAAAAAUGAAGGAAACAACGUGUUAUCGAAUUUCACUAUUACAAUAGUGAGCAAGCAAGAGGCUUGAAGACAAAAAAAUAAAAAAGCGUAUAUGGGUUGGUAAGCGGCAAAUCCAGCUGCCAAUGCCUAUUUGACUUCCCUAUGAGAUCAUGGUGAGCUCGUCUUCUUCUUCUUUCUUCUCUCUCUCUCUCUCUCUAAAAGUUAUUGCUUUAAAGAUCUCUCAAUCAUGAACAUGAAGAUCCCAAUCACAGCAUUCCAUUCCUCCUCAUGAAUACUUCUACAUCAGUGAGGCGAUUGGUUUCCUCAAAGACAAUGAAAUGUUUCCACUUCAGCAAAGACAAAUCUCAGGAUGAAGUCAAGACUAAAAAAUGUGAUUCAAUACAAUCUUCUUCCAUCGCCAGAGGAGGAUCAGGAGGGUCUGAGUUUAACUCACAAACAAGUACUACCACUACUACUACUUCCUUACACGUCCUCUCUGAGACACACAUUAACAACCUCAAAGCAUUCCCCCUCGAUGACCUCAAAACCGCUACCAACAACUUCAACAGGUCCUUGAUGAUCGGCGAAGGCGGCUUUGGUGGCGUGUUCCGCGGCAUCAUUCAAAGCCCUGAAGACUCUCGUAAAAAGGUCGAAAUCGCAGUGAAACAGCUCAGCAGAAGAGGCUUACAGGGGCAUAAAGAAUGGGUGACAGAAGUGAACGUGUUGGGUGUAGUGGAGCAUCCGAAUCUCGUGAAGCUGAUCGGUUACUGCGCUGAAGAUGAUGAGAGAGGGAUCCAACGGCUGCUUGUUUACGAAUACGUACCAAACAGAAGCGUUCAAGACCAUUUAUCUAACCGUUUUGUACUCACUCCUCUCCCUUGGUCUACGAGAAUGAAGAUUGCUCUACACACUGCUCGUGGACUCGCUUAUCUUCAUCACGGCUUGGAGUUUCAGAUCAUCUUUAGAGAUUUCAAAUCUUCAAACAUUCUUCUUGAUGAGAAGUGGAACGCAAAGCUCUCUGACUUCGGACUAGCUAGAAUGGGACCUUCUGAUGGAAUCAGUCAUGUCUCAACCGCGGUUGUAGGGACCAUUGGUUAUGCAGCUCCGGAGUACAUCCAAACAGGACACCUCACGGCCAAGAGCGACGUGUGGAGCUACGGAAUCUUCCUGUACGAGCUCAUCACAGGGAGACGGCCGUUCGACAGAAACAGGCCAAGAAACGAGCAGAACAUCUUGGACUGGAUCAGACCGCACUUGGCUGAUAUCAAGAAGUUCAAGAUGAUCGUCGACCCAAGGCUUGAAGGGAACUACUACCUCAAAUCUGCUUUGAAGCUAGCUGCGGUUGCGAACCGGUGUUUGAUGGUGAAGGCCAAGUCUAGGCCAACGAUGAGCGAGGUUUCAGAGAUGUUAGAGAGGAUAGUGGAGACUUCGGAGGAGGAGGUUUCUAGUGAUGUGCUGUUGAUGAAGAGCUUGGCGCCUAAAGAUGCGUUUGAGGCGACAAGGAGAGAGAGGGUUAAGAGAAGAUUUGUUGAAGUUUUAAUUGGGGUUAAUGGUUGUCCUAAUCUGCCUACUUGGUCUCCUAAACUUGUCACUUCUCUUUGAUUCUUGGUAGAGAAGUAGAGAACAAACAACUAAAACGUCUGUGUUAUAUGCCUAAUAUUAUAUUACACUGCCAUUAUAACC